ACAGCGAUCGUCUUCCUCCAGCUGGCCGCUUUCGUGGCAUUUGUGUGUUUCGCGGUGGCGGCAGAAAGGCCGUACAUCGCCGCCGCCGGAUUGGAGUUCUUCAUCACGCUGGCGUUUCUUCUGCUCUACUUAUUAAAGCUCAACAAGAGGUUCAGUUACUUAUGCUGGCCUCUAAUGGAUGUUGCCAACUCACUUGUUGCAGCUGUCUUCAUCUUCAUCAUCAGUCUUGUAGCUGUCUCCACUUAUUCAGCUAAAGGUACUUUGAUUGGAGGGAUUGUCUUGACGAUGUCGGCUUGCCUUUGGAGCGUGGAUGGCAUCCUUCUUUUUAGGAAGAUCUUCAACAAGGCCACAAAUACCGCAAAUUAAAGACAACGAAGCUUGAACUUUCAGUACACCCACAAAAAGAAUGAUAAACCAUUCUUGAUCAAUAGAUCAUAUUGGCAUAAUGUGAAAAAGUAAUAUGACAAUGAAAGUAGCGAUAAACAGCAUUUCUAAAUAUUACACUAUAUAAUAUUACACAUUAACCGCGGAUCUUUAUGGGGAGGGGCAGUUCACAUUGCAAUAUGGUAUUACGUUUUAUUAAUUAUUAUUAUUAUCGAUUGUUAAUAAAAUUCACAUUUAAUACUACUAAUAAAUUACUCCUAAAGUA